AUGCAACUUGUAUAUUCGUUAUUAUACAGGUUGAUAGCAAUUUAUGCUGAAGAAAUGAUUUCUAUUGAUUAUAUUGAAGAAUUUUUUCCAGUUAUAAUACUGCUUUCCAUUAUCCUCUGUGCGUCUUUGGUAUAUAUUUUCUAUGGUCAAAAUAAGAAUAUUUAUCGGAAUUUCCCUCCUGGACCAAAACCGUUACCGAUCAUCGGGAAUAUGCACAUUUUUAAUCUCAAGGGACCGUCUGAUAAAAUUCUACAGUUAUCGGAGCAGUAUGGCUCUGUUUUCAGCAUUUAUUUAGGAACAAAGAUGAUUGUGGUGCUGUGUGGCUAUGAGACGGUAAAAGAUGCUCUCGUUAACUAUGCGGAAGCAUUUUCUGGAAGAUCCAACCUACAAAUGUUCCAUGAUAUAGCAAAAGGGCAUGGUAUUAUUUUUUCCCAUGAUGAGAACUGGAAAGUCAUGAGAAGAUUCACCAUUUCAACAUUCCGAGAAUUUGGAAUGGGAAAGAAAACCAUAGAAAACAAGAUAAAUGAAGAAUGUGAUUUACUGGUGCAAGAAAUUCAAUCUUACAAAGGAGAGCCUUUUGUGAACACUAUGAUUAUAAACGCUGCUGUGGCCAAUAUAAUUGUGUCCAUACUUCUUGGCUACCGGUUUGAUUAUGAUGAUCCAACAACUCUUAGACUCUUGCACUUAAUAAAUGAGGGUGUGAGACUUGUGGGAAGUCCUAUGACUUGGUUGUAUAAUGCUUUUCCAUCCAUCGUGCGCUGGUUGCCUGGAAGCCACCAAACUGUCCUUAAAAACGCGGCAGAGAUGAGGAGCUUUGUGAAGGAGACCUUCACAAACCACAAGAAGCAGCUGGAUGUAAACGACCAGAGAAAUCUUAUCGAUGUAUUCCUUGUCAAGCAACAAGAGGAAAAGUCUAAAAAAAAUUUAUAUUUUCACAAUGACAAUCUAACGAUGCUGGCGGUUGAUUUAUUUAUUGCUGGGAUGGAAACAACCUCAAGUACUCUCCGAUGGGGGCUUCUGUUAAUGAUGAAAUACCCGGACAUUCAGAGAAAAGUCCAAAAUGAGAUAGAGAGAGUGAUCGGAUCAGCUCAACCUCAGGCGGAACAUAGAAAAAAAAUGCCGUACACAGACGCCGUCAUUCAUGAAAUCCAAAGGUUCGCUAAUAUAGCACCAGCAAACCUUCCGCACAUGACCACCCAAGAUGUCACAUUCAAAGGAUAUUUUAUACCAAAGAACACUCAGAUCAUUCCACUGCUUACAUCUGUCCUGAAAGAUAAAGCUCACUUUGAGAAACCCGACCAGUUUUACCCAGAACAUUUUCUAGACUGCGAAGGAAAUUUUGUGAAGAAUGAGGCGUUCAUGCCUUUCUCAGCAGGUCGGAGAAUUUGCCCUGGGGAAACGUUAGCGAAAAUGGAAUUGUUUCUGUUCUUCAUCAGGCUCUUGCAGAAUUUUACUUUUCAGCCUACUCCUGGUGCUGUGCUGGACCUCAUCCCAGAGGUUGGGUUUACUGCCACUCCAAAGCUCUAUUAUAUGCGUGCACUGCCUCGCAGCGAGACCUCAGAUCAAUAA